UGAUACUCGCGAGGCUCCUGUCACAUGAGCCGCGCGCCCGCUCCACUCCCCCUCCUCCCUGGCUGGGUUGUGUGAAUGAAGCUCUGCCGGCUACGUGGGGCGCUAGCUCAACUUGGUGUCCUGGACGCCGGAGCCAACCGAGCGCGCUGCCCACCGGCGGCAGACCCGGGCUCCGCAGUUCCUGACCCCGGCGACAGAAUAAAUCACUUGCUUGGGGUUCCAGUUCCAAGGAAAGGUGUAUGUGUGGCUGUGUGAUAACGCCAGUGGAAGGUGCCCCGAGGACGCACGGGAAAUCCAGAAGUUGGAGCAUUCAAAGCCAGUUUGAGGCUUUAACAUCUUGGAGAAAGUGGCCACACAGCUGUCUUUCCAUCCACACCUCAUUGGAGUCUCCCUUCAAAACUGGGGGGCUCUGGCAAACUCUGAGCCUGUGGCCCCAGUGUGGGAGAAGAUAGAUCAAGAUGGCCAUGUGGCAGGGAGCCAUGGAUAACAGAGGCUUUCAGCAGGGGAGUUUCAGUAGCUUCCGGAGCAGCUCCAGUGAUGAAGACUUGAUGGACAUACCCGGCACAGCUAUGGAUUUCUCCAUGAGAGACGAUGUUCCUCCUUUAGACCGAGAAAUAGAAGAGGACAAAUCCUACAAUGGUGGAGGAAUAGGUUCUUCAAAUAGAAUCAUGGACUUCUUGGAGGAGCCAAUCCCUGGUGUAGGGACCUAUGAUGAUUUCAAUACAAUUGACUGGGUGAGAGAGAAGUCUCGAGACCGGGACAGGCACCGCGAGAUAACCAAUAAAAGCAAAGAGUCAACGUGGGCCUUAAUUCACAGUGUCAGCGAUGCCUUUUCUGGUUGGUUGUUGAUGCUCCUUAUUGGGCUUUUUUCAGGUUCCUUAGCUGGUUUGAUAGACAUCUCUGCUCAUUGGAUGACAGAUUUGAAAGAAGGCAUAUGCACAGGGGGAUUCUGGUUUAACCAUGAACAUUGUUGCUGGAACUCUGAGAAUGUCACCUUUGAAGACACAGACAAAUGCCCGGAGUGGAAUAGCUGGUCCCAGCUUAUCAUCAACACCGAUGAGGGAGCCUUUGCCUACAUAGUGAAUUACUUCAUGUAUGUCCUGUGGGCUCUCCUAUUUGCCUUCCUGGCCGUGUCUCUGGUGAAGGUGUUUGCACCUUAUGCCUGUGGCUCUGGAAUCCCUGAGAUAAAAACUAUCUUGAGUGGUUUCAUUAUUAGGGGCUACUUGGGUAAGUGGACCCUGGUUAUCAAAACUAUCACCUUGGUGCUGGCUGUGUCAUCUGGCUUGAGCCUGGGCAAAGAGGGCCCCCUAGUGCACGUGGCUUGCUGCUGUGGGAAUAUCCUCUGCCACCGAUUCAACAAAUACAGGAAGAAUGAAGCCAAGCGAAGAGAGGUGUUGUCAGCUGCAGCAGCUGCUGGUGUAUCUGUCGCCUUUGGGGCACCUAUUGGUGGUGUAUUAUUCAGCCUAGAAGAGGUCAGCUACUAUUUCCCCCUCAAAACAUUGUGGCGUUCGUUCUUUGCUGCAUUGGUGGCAGCCUUUACUCUACGAUCCAUCAAUCCAUUCGGGAACAGCCGCCUGGUUCUGUUUUACGUGGAGUUUCACACCCCAUGGCAUCUCUUUGAGCUUGUCCCGUUCAUCUUGCUGGGCAUAUUUGGUGGCCUGUGGGGAGCUCUGUUUAUCCGCACAAACAUUGCCUGGUGUCGGAAGCGGAAGACCACCCAGCUGGGCAAAUAUCCUGUCAUCGAGGUACUCAUCGUGACAGCCAUCACUGCCAUCCUGGCCUUCCCCAAUGAAUACACCCGAAUGAGCACGAGUGAGCUCAUUUCGGAGCUGUUCAAUGACUGUGGCCUUCUGGAUUCCUCCAAGCUCUGUGAUUAUGAGAACCGUUUCAACACAAGCAAGGGAGCUGACCUGCCUGACAGACCAGCUGGUGUAGGAGUUUACAAUGCCAUGUGGCAACUGGCUCUGGCACUCAUACUGAAAAUCGUCAUUACUAUAUUCACCUUUGGCAUGAAGAUCCCCUCUGGCCUCUUUAUCCCUAGCAUGGCUGUUGGUGCUAUAGCAGGGCGACUUUUAGGAGUGGGAAUGGAACAGCUGGCUUAUUACCACCAUGACUGGACCAUCUUCAACAGCUGGUGUAGUCAGGGAGCUGAUUGUAUCACCCCUGGCCUCUAUGCCAUGGUUGGGGCUGCAGCCUGCUUAGGUGGUGUGACUCGGAUGACUGUUUCUCUUGUUGUCAUAAUGUUUGAACUUACUGGUGGCUUGGAAUACAUUGUGCCUCUUAUGGCUGCAGCCAUGACAAGCAAGUGGGUGGCAGAUGCUCUUGGUCGAGAGGGCAUCUAUGAUGCCCACAUCCGUCUCAAUGGAUACCCCUUUCUUGAAGCCAAAGAAGAGUUUGCUCAUAAGACCCUGGCAAUGGAUGUGAUGAAGCCACGGAGGAAUGAUCCUUUGUUGACUGUCCUUACCCAGGACAGUAUGACUGUGGAAGACGUAGAGACCAUAAUCAGUGAAACCACUUACAGUGGCUUCCCAGUGGUGGUGUCCCGGGAAUCCCAAAGACUUGUGGGUUUUGUCCUCCGAAGAGAUCUCAUUAUUUCAAUUGAAAAUGCUCGAAAGAAACAGGAUGGGGUUGUGAGCACGUCCAUCAUUUAUUUCACUGAGCAUUCUCCUCCAAUGCCACCAUACACUCCACCCACCCUGAAGCUUCGGAACAUCCUGGACCUCAGCCCCUUCACGGUGACUGACCUCACACCCAUGGAGAUUGUAGUGGACAUCUUCCGCAAGCUGGGACUGCGGCAGUGCCUCGUCACACACAACGGGCGAUUGCUUGGAAUCAUUACCAAAAAGGAUGUGUUAAAGCAUAUAGCACAGAUGGCAAACCAAGAUCCCGAUUCUAUUCUCUUCAACUAGAAUCGUAGGGUUCUUCUGGAUCCAAAACAGGAAGGACAUUGCAGACCAUGGAUAUAUUUUAUUAACUGGGUGCCCAAAACACAUUUCUCAUAUUUGGAUGGUGAGGUCAUAUUAGUGCAUUGUCUCUUGCCUACAAGUUAACCAGUUGCACUACAUAAUCUCUGGAAAUUAAUCUCUUUAGGAGAGAAUACAGUUAGGCUUACAUGAUAAUGAAUUUGGAAGAUUUCGUGAAAGAGUAAUUAAGAUCGCUAUGGUUUAGUUCUAUUUGUUUUUAAGAUUUGUUUUUAAUUUGAGAAAUAAUCAUUAGCCAAUAUGCAAUCACUGAAAACUAUGCAAGAAAAAUUCCCAAACCAUCUUGACCUAUAGCCUGCAGGAAUCUUACGAAAAAGUCACUUUGGGAGGAUCUAAUUGUCAUUGGUGGAACAUGAAGUGUAAACUUAAGGGGCUUUGCUUUUCAAACCAUGGAAAAGAAAGCCAGAAGGAAAAUAGCAAUGGUAUUUUCUAGACUGUGAAGAUUCAGUUCAAAUGUUAUCCUUGUUCCUGUUACAAUACUUAGCAUUAUUAGUUUGUUAUAUGUAUGUGUAUGUUAAUUUUAAUUUCUGAUUAUAAGACAAUGCUGCUUUGGUUAAUCUCCUCUAAGCCAAUUUAGAGAGGUUGACUUUUAUAGCUUGCUUGUUCCUGGUACUCUUUUGAAGUGCACAAAGAUAAGUUACAGAGCUUUCUCCUUGUCUGCGAAAAGGGUAGUUUUCCAGAUGGUAUUUGUUAGCUAGUAGGCAAGGACUUUGCCAUGAAUGUUAGUAGCAAGAAAAUGAUAUCUUCCAGCUUCCUUGAAACGAAUGAUUAGUCAGGUUCUCAGCAGAGUCCAUGACUGGGAAUUUCACAUUUCUGUGAGGUCCUAACAAAUCCUCUUACCCAGAGCCUCCUCCGUGAAUGAUGGUGCUUUAGGCUUCUGGACUAUGGAAGACCAGUAAAGGGAACCACGUUGAGAUUGCAUACUGGUAACCCAGGGAAGAUUCAGAGCUGCAUCUGCAUCCUCACGCAUUCCUUUGUACAAGACCGCCAGGGCUAAAACAAGUGGGCACCCAUGGCUCCUCCCAGUGUCAUCCCUGUGAGUGUGAAUUAGCCUUGAGAUAUUUCCAGCUGUAUUCAAGGGGUUGGGGCAGGAUAGGCAGCUGUGACUCCCUGGAGGGUCCUUCGAAUUCUAAAUAAAAUUCAGGAUCAUCUUCAGACCUAGGGCUGUGCACAAGGCCUGGUGACACCAAAGGUGCUUGUAUCCAAUUGAAAAGGUGCCAGUCUCAAUUUCUUACCACAUUUAUUAUGGGAAAACACAAAGCCAUCAUGCCACAGGGACACCUGGUGGUCUUAAAGAGCCACCCCCCACCCCGCCACCAUUCCAACCACUAUUGAAUUUUCUGUAGUUUUUACCCAUGUCCUCCAAGGACACCCCUUCCAUUCUGUUCCCCUUCCUACUCCUCAGUACUGAAUCUCUCUUUGGGAUUGAGCAUUGUGACUGGUUAAUCAUUCCAUAUAUAUAUAUAUAU